AUGGCAGGUGUAGAUUCUGCUGGAAUAUCAUUGACAAAAGUUGUAUUACAUGGGGACUUAGAACAAGUGCAUCGACUUAUAGAAGGCGGAGCUAGCGUCAACGCGGUAAAUAAAUACGAUCAAACGGCAUUAACGAUUGUCGCACAAAACCGGACCUCUUUUACACCUGAAAUGGCGAUCUCGUUAAUGAGCGGUGAAGCUGAUGUCAACAUGAAGGAUAAAAAAGGCAACACAGCACUGAUGUAUGCUAUUUGUAGGUUAAAGGUGGACACUGCACUUGCAAUAAUUGAGCAAAGCAAUCUAGAUCCAAAUGCUGUGGAUUAUCGAGGACAAACAGCACUGAUGAAAGCUGCUUUCAGUGGAAUGAGCAAAGUUGUCAGUCCAUUGCUCCAAUGUGGUGCUGAUGUCAACAUACAGGAUAAAAAAGGCAAAACAGCACUGAUGCAUGCUAUAGCUCGGAUAGAAAAACGCAUCGCACUUGCAAUAAUUAAGCACAGUAAAGAUCUAGAUUCUAAUGCUGUCGACAAUCAAGGACAAACAGCUUUGAUAAGAGCUGCUUUCGGAGGAAUGACGACAAUUGUCGAUGCACUAAUCACACGUGGUGCUGACGUCAACAUCAAGGAUAAAAAAGGCAACACAGCAUUGAUGCAUGCUAUAGCUCAGAAAAGUGAAGAUAUUGCACUUGCAAUAGUUAAGCGCAGCAAGGAUCUAAAAUUAAAUGCUGUUGAUAAUCGAGGCCAAACAGCAUUGAUGAAAGCUGCUAUUAAUAUAAUGUCGACCAUUGCCGUUGAACUAACCAAAAGUGGUGCUGAUGUCAACAUGAAGGACGAAGAAGGCAAAACAGCAUUGAUGCAUGCUAUUGCUCAGAGAGACGAAGACACUGCUCUUGCAAUAAUUGAGAACAGUAAAGAUUUACAUUUGAAUGGUGUCGAUAAUCAAGGUCAGACAGCAUUGAUGAAAGCUGUUAUACAUAGAAAGACAAAAGUUGUGCAGGCACUUAUCCAAUUCAAUGCACUGGUGGACACAAAGAAUCAUUUAGGCAGAACAGCAUUGUUUUAUGCGUUGGUCGAAUCCAACUUAUCUGCUCGAUAUCUUGUAGAAAAUGGUGCAAAUCUUCAUAUGACAGACAACUGUAAUGUCAGUGCGUUAUCGUAUUUCAUUCAUCACUGUAUUAAUAACGGAGGGGCCGAUGAGAAAUUAAUGGAAGAAAAGUUUGCUUUGUUGAAAGAUAACGGAGUCGAAAGAGAAACGAUAGUGAAUGCACUUAUCAAUGCAAUAUUCUGUAAAUUGCCACUUUUAAAAAGUCCAGUAAACACCAUCUCAAUAACGUCCAUCACAUCAUGUCUUGCUUAUGCUUCCAAACUUUCAAAGAAAAGAUUUAGCUUUACGAAAGAUAAUAAAUGCAGAUUAUUGCAAGACCUAAUUGUUUCGAUUGAAAGAGACGGAUAUCUUAUGUCAGUAUCUGAUUUAUCGAUAAGGCUCGAUAAACUUCUGGAACUUGAUGCGGAUCCAAAUACUUGUGAUGAGCAAGGCAAUACCAUUGCACACUACAUCACUUUACUAGGGAUGUAUGAUAACUCUUUUGAAGAUAAAAUUGUUUUUGAUGUUCUUCUUUGGUUGGAGAAAAAGGGACUGAAAAUCAACAAGAAAAACUGCAAUAAGGAAAGACCUCUUUUACUUAUGCUAACAAAAGCUGUUAACCAUGAUGAGAGAAUUAGGCUUAAUGAUAAAUUCAUUUUAGAUGUGUGCAAUGUUUUCCUUGGCAAAUACAGAGCGACAUUAAAGGAAACAUCUCAAACCGGCGAUUCAGUAUUACAUCUUUUAAUCAAGCUUUCAAGUCUGGGAGAUAUUAACGAGGAAUCUUUAGAGCGAUGUAUAGUUGAAUUAUUACGAUUGUUUUCUCAUCAAAGAUGCGAACUCAGCCGUAUCGUUAACAUGCCUAACAAUGAAAUGAAUACUCCUCUUCAUGUUUGGGCGGCUGGCCGAUCCAAGCCAAAAUCAAGAGCAUGGGAACAUAAUCAGCAUGCUUCUGAAAAAAUGGAUUGGCAGGGACCCUCAGAAAAUAUACUUGACCAGCUUUUGUGUUGUGGUGCUGUGCAUCAUGCAAGAAAUCUGAAGGCCGAAACUCCUCUUCAUAUGUGUAGAACCUGGACUGCCGUUAAGCUAUUGUUUAAAGCAGGAGCAAAGACGAAUGAUGUAGACACAUUAGGACGAUCUCCUUUACUUUCAGCAGCAAAGAAUUGUCUAUUUCUUAACAAUCCCGGCUGUUUUUAUCCGGACGUUUCACCAGACGAGGCACCGACGUUUUGGAAGACAGUUAUGGACAUGGGUUUUGAUUUGUGGACUUGCGAAAACAUUGGAGAUUCUAUCAUUAAACAGCCAAAGUCUAUCGGAUAA